AUGCCAGUGUGCGUGCACUGUGCACGGCCUACGCCGGCGCUGCUUGCGACGUUUGGGUCGGGUCAUGUAGUCCUCACACGGUGUGGAUACGAUGCCAAAGGAAGUGAGGGGUGCGCGCGCCUCGCCGAUCCGUACUUUGAGCACGGCUCGACCAUCCUGUUUAUUGACUUGAUCCUGUCCAAACCGCGCGUAUACCGCCAUAUCCUGUACAACCGCGGCCGCAGCGGACUUGAUUCCCAUGCUCAGAGUGGCGCACUUCCCAAGUUCUGGGCACAUGUGCGCCACUUUCUUGCAUUCGUCCUGGUCGAGAGUUACUUGCGCUGGUUCAGCGUGCAUCCCUACGCGGUAGCACGCGACCACGUCCCUAUUUUGUUUCCGAGGGACUACCGGCGCCCGUGGGCGUGGCUCGCGGCCCUGGCGCCGUACCUGGCGCCGUCACUGCACAGUACGAUGCGCGUCUUUUUUGCGACGCUCAUCGAGAUGGUGCUGCUGCAUACGGCCGUCGUCGGGCUGAGCUACGUUCUCUGCCGUCUAUGGGCACAGCGGUCCACACGCCAUGCACAGCUCUACCGAUGGUACAUGCCAUCGGUCGCGCUGCUCUUUUCAAACAUCAGCACGCUCCUCCUCCUCUCGUUUGUCCUUGUAUGGGACUCGCGCCUCCCUGCCGACGGGCGAGCCCAGCAGGCGGCCCGAAUGGACCUGAGCCAGUGGAUCGGCGUUGCGCACGAUGCGCAGCAGCAUCCAUGGCUGGCCCCCCUCGCAGCCGCCGCGCGUGAAUGGAACACUGAGUGGCUGGUGCGCAACCUGAUCGGCGGCAUGAGUGCCGGUGUCGCGCUCGGCGUGGUCCUUCCGGUGCAUCCCCUUGCCGGGGCGCUUGUCAUGCUACUGGGCCUGCUGACCCAGGCGGCGACGCGGCACCACAUUGUGCACCUCCCCGGCUCGCACAGUGCGACGUUUCUCAUGCAGCACGGCCCCGUGGAAAGCCAGCGUGCGAUUGCAGCCUACUGCCAAGCCUAG